CUACUCUAACACAGUGACUUGUACAUCACUCAUUUUCCCUUAACAACAUGUGAUGCUGGAAAGGCAGUAAAUCGAAUCAAUUGGUCCACACAUCGUACCACCCAGCUUCUAUAUAUCAGCAAGUUGUGCACUCCGCAGGCAAGGAGGAAAAAACCAUAAUAGAGUUCUAAAGUUCCGACAAUAUUUCAUGGCAAACAAAUCCGGCAGCUUACAUGUUGUCAUGUUCCCAUGGUUAGCCUUCGGCCAUUUCAUCCCUUUUCUAGAGCUCUCCAAGUUCAUAGCUCAAAAGGGUCACAGAGUUAGCUUCAUUUCCACCCCCAAAAACAUGGAUCGCCUCCCUAAACUCCCACCGAAUUUAGCAUCUUCUAUUACUUUCGUAAAAAUCCCACUUCCCCCAGUUGAUGGGCUACCAGAAAAUGUGGAGGCCACGGUAGACCUCGGCGGUCUUGAUGUUGCCUUUCUCAAGAAAGCCUAUGAUGGCCUGGAGCCCGAUUUGACUCGUUUCUUGGAAGACUCAGCUCCGGACUGGAUUAUUUACGACUUUGCUCCAUACUGGUUACCUCCCAUUGCGGCUAAGCUUAAUAUAGCGAGAUCGUUCUUCUCUAUUGUUAGCGCCUCAACUGUGGUAUUCUUUGGACCCUCUUUUGAUGCAAUGAUCAACGGUACUGAUCCCAGAAGUAAGGUGGAGGAUUAUAUAGUUCCGCCGAAGUGGAUCCCAUUUGAGAGUAAAGUGGCUUAUAAGCUGUACGAGAGUAAAUGGGUUGUGGGAGCUAGUAAUCUAGAUGGCUCGGGUGCAUCGGAUAUGUAUCGGGUUGGAUCGGUUAUAAAGGGUGCAGACGUCGUUUUAGUGAGACAUUGCCGCGAGUUUGAAGGCCAGUGGUUAAAUUUGCUUGAAAAUUUGCAACAACGGCCUGUGAUGCCGCUGGGAUUGAUGCCGCCCAAGGUGGAAAAAAGCGGCCUUGAAAGCAACGAGUCAUGGAUUGCAAUCAAGAAAUGGUUGGAUGGUCAAGGUAAAGGCUCGGUGGUUUAUGUGGCGUUUGGGAGCGAGGUGUCAAUGAGUCAACUGGAACUCGGUGAGUUAGCCCUCGGGCUGGAGUUAUCCGGGGUGCCAUUUUUCUGGGCUCUAAGGAAUCCAUCUGGGCUGCCAGAGGGGUUCGAGGAUAGAGUCGAGGGAAGGGGUAUUGUUUGGAAGAAUUGGGCACCUCAGCUUAACAUACUGAGUCAUGACUCAGUGGGUGGGUUCCUGACUCACUGCGGGUGGAGUUCGAGUAUAGAAGGACUCAUGCUUGGUCAUCCACUCAUCAUGCUGCCGUUCGUCAUCGAUACAGGGUUGGUUGCUCGGAUUCUGGAGGAAAAACAGGUGGGCAUAGAAAUACCAAGAAAUCCGGUAGAUGGAUCGUACACGAGAGACUCAGUGGCCAAAUCGGUGAGGUUGAUCAUGGAAGAAGAUGAAGGAAAAUUCUACAGGGACAAAGCUAAAGAAAUUAGCGCAGUAUUUGGAGAUCGAGAGCUGCAUGACGGCUACGUACAGAGGUUCGUAGAUUACUUGGAAAAGAACGUACGCAAAUCCACAUGAGAAGAAUUAGUACUAUCUUGUAAAAUUUGGCACUAGUAUUAUUGUACAAUAAUCAGUGCACUAGUAUCCAUUGUGCAAUUUAAUUUUUCUGGUUGCAUUCUUAA